UUCUCUUCUUCUCUUCUCCAACGCCAUGGAUCUCCUUCUCCAUCUCCUCCCUCUCCUUCUCCUCUUCAUCUCCAUCCCUUCUUCUUCUCCGGCGAACUCUCCUGCCCCUGCUCCUUCUCCGGGCUGCAAUGGCAUCCUCCUCACCUACUCUCUCGACGGUCGAAACAUCAUUCGUCCCCACGUCUCCAACCCCAAAUCCCAACCCUACUCCUUCACCGCCACCGCCACCAUUCUCAACUCCGGUGAUCGUGACCUCCUGUCUUGGGCUUUCCUCAUCUCUUUCCGCCACCGCGAGCUCAUCGUCUCCGCCAGUCCCGGCGUGCUUACUGAUGGCUCCGCCUUCCCUUAUUCCACCCCUCAAGACUCCCCCACCUCCUUCUCCGGCUUCCCCAACACCGAUCUCAAAACCCCUAUCGAAACUGCUAACGAUCUCACCCAGAUCCAGACCUCCAUUUCCAUUGUCGGUACUCUCUUCGGCUCUCCACCCCCGGCGAUCCCUCUCCCUUUUAAUCUCUCCCUCUCUGACCCUUCUUAUCGCUGCCCUGCCCCUGAUUUCACCUUCAAUUCCACCACCUCGAUCUCCUCUUGCUGCGUUUUUGAUCCCACCUUUGAUAAUUCCACCACCUCCCUUGACAACUCCUCCGUCUCCGAACCCUUUCUUCCUCGCCGUUCUGGCGAUCUGACCAUCUCCUACGAUGUUAUCCAGUCCUUCUCCUCCAGCUACCUCGCCCUUGUCACCAUCGCCAACAACGCCCCUCUUGGUCGGCUCGAUAAUUGGCGUCUCUCCUGGCAAUGGAUGCACGACGAGUUCAUCUACUCCAUGCGCGGCGCUUAUACCUCCGUCUCCGGCGCUAACGACUGCAUCUUCGGCAUCCAAGGUCAAUACUACCAAGACUUAGACUUUUCCAAGGUUCUUAACUGUCAACGCUCUCCCACCAUCCUCGAUCUUCCUGUCUCCAUGUUCAACGACACCGAUCGCGGCCGCAUUCCCUUCUGCUGCCGCAACGGCACCAUCUUGCCCUCUUCCAUGGACGCAUCUCAAGCUAAAUCCGCGUUCCAAGUCCAAGUUUUUAAGAUGCGGCCGGAUUUGAACCGCACCAAGCUCUAUCCUCCUCAAAACUUCAAGAUCUCCGGCAUCUCCCUCAACCCCGACUACCAGUGCUCUCAGCCAAUCCGUGUUUCUCCUUCUCAGUUCCCUGACCCCAGUGGCCUCCAAGCCUCAUCCACCGCCGUGUCAAGCUGGCAAGUCGUCUGCAACAUCACUAAUCCAAAGUCUUCCAGUUCGAAAUGCUGCGUUUCCUUCUCUUCAUUCUACAACGACUCUGUGAUUCCUUGCAAGACUUGUGCUUGUGGCUGUCCUGCUUCUAGUUCUCGCAGAACCUGCAAUACCACUGCCCCUGCAUUGCUCCUCCCUCCUCAAGCAUUGCUUGUCCCGUUCGACAACCGAACUCUUGAAGCCAAAGCUUGGGCUAGCAUCAAACACUUUCAGGUCCCUAACCCUUUGCCCUGCCCUGAUAACUGCGGAGUGAGCAUCAAUUGGCAUGUUUACACUGACUAUUCCGGAGGUUGGAGCUCAAGGAUCACACUUUUCAAUUGGGAAGAUACUAGCUUGGCCAAUUGGUUUGUCGCAUUGGACAUGGGCAAAGCUUAUGAUGGCUUUGAAGCUUCCUAUUCCUUCAAUGGCACUGCCAUUGGGAAUAAUACCGUCUUCUUACAAGGCUUUGAUGGAUUGAAUUAUUUGGUUGGAGAAGUUGAUGGUGCUAAUCCUGGUGAUCCUCGAAUCCCCGGGAAGCAACAAUCUGUGAUAUCUUUCUCCAAGAAGAAUACCCCUGGUAUUGAUGUUGUUGCCGGGGAUGGAUACCCGAAGAAGGUGUUCUUCAAUGGGGAGGAGUGUUCUCUUCCUGAUUACUUACCUUCUAAUGGUGGUUCAAGAAUUGGAACUGGAUUCAGCUUGCUUGGCUUAUGCUUGACUGUUGUUGUUGCAACAACUCUUCUUGUUUUGCAGCAAUAGCUCUGGUGGUUGCUCCUGCUGAUUCUUUGAUUCUUUAGACAAUGGUCAUUGCUUGAUGGCAUUACUGCAUUUUGAUCAAAAUGAGAGCUUUCCAGGGCUUACCAUAGUCCAUACUGUUCAGGUGAUGUUUAAUCUUUUUAUUGAUUAAUACUCUUUUAGAAAGCAUGUAACCUUUAGUGUCAUCUUCUGUGAUUUUUCCUCUAGGAAAACAUAUGUAUUAUCUGCUUCAUUUGACUUCUGUAUACAUAGUGCUUUGUUUCAUUUGUGAUUGAAACUUACAUUUCUUUGAAUUUAGAUGAAAGUUGACUGUUUUGA